AUGUAUGCCAAGGGUGUUGCACUCACUUUCCUGCUGCUCGGGACCCAGGCUGUUGCCAACAAACAGCAUGGGUCUGCGGCUCCAUCAGUCAUGCCUUCGCAGCCUGCCAGCUAUCCAGUACCAUCGCACCCAGCCAGCUAUCCCACACCAUCUAAGCCAACGAGCUACCCUGUGAUCGCACCAAAGCCCACAACUGACGGAGGCUACGACGGCGAGGAGUGUGACGGGUGGAAGUGGUCGGAAGGGGGCCACCACUGGAAGUGGCACGGUCAGAAGGGCAAGGGUAAGCAUCACAAGACGAAAACCCACCCCUACGGUUCGGCCACACCGUCUGCUGCACCGAGCUACAAGGCCACGCCGUCUGCUGCACCAAGCUACAAGCCAGCUCCUUCAGCAGCCCCAAGCUAUAAGCCCGCGCCAUCAGCAGCCCCAAGCUACAAGCCCGCUCCUUCAGCAGCCCCAAGCUACAAACCAGCACCCUCAGCAGCCCCAAGCCAACCAGCAGAGCUCAGCGGCUACGCCAAGCGUGCCUUCAAGGCAUGA